AUGGAUACUGAAAAAAUGAGUUUAAAUCAUGAUGUUCAAAACUCUCCUAAAAAUGAAAGUUACAUGAAUGGAAGUAUUGAUGAUUUUACAGACUGUAUUGACUUUACAAAACAAUAUCAAAAGUCAUGUGGAUGUGAAGAAGAAAAUUUUGAAGAUAUUAGUGAUUUAAAUACAUCUACCAGUGAAAAUAAAGAUAUUAUAAACAGUGAUUGUAGUUUAGAAACUGAGGAAAAAAACUCAAAUCAAUUACCUAGACCUAGUGAUGAAAAUAAUUUAUCUCAUUCUAAAGAUAGUGAUCAGUCAUUUGUUAACAGUAAAGAAGAUACCAGUAAUGAUGGUGAAAAUGAGCAUCACCCAAUGGAACCAGAUGUUUCUAUUAUGGUUGGAGAGUCAAACUUGGAAAAAACUAUUAAUCAUGUUGCAAAAGGCAUUAAUAAUGGAAAAUUAAACGUAAAAUCUGCGAAUAAUGCAAAUAAUGAGAACAAUAAAAAAAAAAUUCUGAAACCGAAAUUGGUGAAAAAGAAUCAUAUUAAGUUACCAGGAAAUAAAAAUAUUAAAAAAAAAGUGUCUUCUUUAUUUAAAUUUAAAAAUGGUAAACAUGUGAAGAAAAAAAUUGAGUCUUUUCAGUAUCAAGGUAUUCAUUCUAAUAUUAAGUUUAAGUGCUAUAAAUGUUCAUAUUCAGACUUUUCUACAAUAUCUGAAUUACAAUCUCACCAAAGAAAAUGUUUAUCAGGAACUUCUGAUUAUCAGUCUUCAAAUGAAUUUUCACCCUCAGUUAAUAAUUCUUCAUCGUCUAACUUUCGAAUUACUCGAAAAGUUUAUUUGUGUUCAGCUUGUGGUAGUUACUAUGAAAAUUGGAAUCUUUUUUUGCACAUGAAGGAAAUGCAUAAACGCCAUAUAUGUUUAUAUUGUCUCGGAAUGUUUUCACAACCUGAUAAAUUAGCACAACAUCUUCAAGCAAAGCAUAAUGUCAUUGAGCAAAAUCUUUCAUCUACUGAAGAUUUUUCAAAAAUAUUUCGUGGAACAUGUUAUUUAAUUUGUAUUUCUUGUGAAGCCAUGUUUUCUGAGCAAGAAGAUUUUUACGACCAUUCCUGUGUUUCACCGCAAUCGGAUGAUUCUGUAACUUGUUCUCUUUGUGGAUUACAAGGAGCUCAUUUUCCCACUUGUCGUCGAGCGUUUUCUGAUCGAUAUUUAGAACCUAAUUUUCAAAAAUCUCAUCCUGCUCUUGGGAAAAAAAUGAAUGUAAAAAAGAAAAAAAUUAAAAAUAACAAAAAAAAUAAGGAAACUUUUCAAAUAAUUAAUAACGAAAACAGCAGUGGAGAAAUGUCUGUUAUAGUUAGAAAACAAAAUUCUAUUGAAAAUUUUGAGUCUGCCAACGAGUCAAAUGUAAAAGAAAAUACAAGUGCGCACAAAGAUUCAACAGAUAAAUUUGUGAUCUCUCCCCUUAGGAAUUCAACUGAGGAUUUAGUUUCAACAAAACAAUAUAACGAAAAACUAUUACAACUUUAUAGGCCAUCGAAAACAGCAGAAAAAGUUAUAUCGUCUAUUCAGUCAAUCGAGGAUUCCAUUAAUAGAGUAGUCGAAUGCUCUAGAAUAGAAGACGAAAACCAAAAAGAAAAAGAAGAAGAUGAAGACGAAUUUGAUGAAAAUGAAGAAUUAAGUUGUGAAGGUCAGGGGGAUGAAUCUGUAAGCCGCGAUAGGGAAGAUUAUUCAUCUUCGAAUAAUCAGUUCAAUGAAAAAUUUGAUAAUCAAAAUGAAUUAAAAACUGAAAAUAAAUUGGAAAUUAGUAAAUAUUCAGAAGUGGAGGACAAACAGGAACAACCACAAAAUUCCCUAAAAGAAAUCGCAAAUAAUGCCAAAAACCAAUAUAAGAAUGAUGAAAAUCAAAUUGUGUCGGAUUGUGAAAGCACUGACAGUGAAAAAUUAACCAUUGCAUUCGAUCAGCCAACGGAACAAAUUACGGAUAAAAUAGAUCCUCCUGAGAACACAGAUUCACUAAAUUCCAAAACAGAUGAUAUAAUACCCACCGCAUCAAAGGAUACCUCAUAUAUUUAUGUAACUCUCAAAGAAGAAGAUAUUGAAACUAAGUCUCUCAUAAAGGAAUUUGUCAAAGUGUCAUGUUGGAAUUGCGUCUAUUGUUCUCAUGCCAAAAGAAUUGCUCUUAACGGAAAGCAGUUAGCACUUCACAUAUUAGCAGAGCAUAGAUUUGUCACCAUUGCUGAAGACUCGAGCGAAAAAGAAAAAGAAAAUAAUGCUUUGAACAUAAUACAAAGGCUUAAAGAUGAUUUGUGUAAUUUAGACAAGUGUUAUUUCAACACCGACACUUUUGAUAGCGAAAACAAAGAAUUUUGGAAGGCAAAUGACAGAAUAUACGAGUGUUUUCAUUGUCUUUUUGCAACUUACGUUCACAAAGAAUUGUGCAGCCAUAACAGAAAAAUGCAUCAGAAGGCAGUUUUUUUAUGUAUCAUGUGUAAAUCAAAUUUUUAUACGUAUAGCGAAUUACUUUGUCACCUUUGUCCAGGAAUUUACAUUUCUGGACAAGUUAUAAAUCCCGACAUAACUUAUCGUUGCUUUUUAUGUAACGUCGACCCUCUGCCUUCAUCAUUUCGAUUAAUGGUUCACCUCAGGAGAAAACACAAUUCUUGUGAUAUUUGUUUUGAUCAAAGUUCAAAUCAGUUUCAAUUGUCGACUCAUGUUUGGAAGCACAAACUUUCGCAUAUGUGUUACAGAUGUGGAAUCGCUUACAGAAAUAAACCGGAUAUCACAAAACAUUUGUUUUGGAAGCAUGGAACUGAAAGUGUUUUAUGUAAAAAAUGCCUUCAGAAGAAAUGGCCUCACGUUUAUCACUUUUGCGUGCCUCCAAACACUUUUAUUUGCGAUGAAUGCUCGGUUAAUUUACGGAGUGCUGUGGCAUUAAAGGUUCACAAAAGAUUACAUUCUGGAGAUUACCCUUACUCAUGCACAAAAUGUGGAGAAAAAUUUAUAUCAAAAAAAUUAUUAAAUAAACAUUUGAAUAAACAUAUGGAGGAAGAAAACCGUCCUGCUGAGCCAGAACAAACGGAAACUGAAGCGGAUAAAUGCAGUAACAGUAGUCAAGUGGAAGAUGCUAAAAUUGUUGAUCAGGAAGUUAAUAAUUCAGAAGAAACAGACAAAAAACCAGCUAAAGAGAGAAAGCCAAAGAAAAGAAAAGUCUUAAACGAUGUUUUUGACUUACCGCCUGUAAAUUUAUCCGAAAGCGACGAUUCCGAUCAGGAAAAUGUUGACGUAAAACCAAAACUUGUAAAACCCGAAAGUCCUCCUACCGAAGAACUGCCCGCAACGAACGGAUUUUUGAACGGGGAUAUUCAGAAAGAAGAAACUAGCCCGACGCAGAUUGUCGAUGGAGUUUGGAAUAAUUUCCAAAAUUAUUUAGUCGCUAAAGAUAUGCCUAAAACGUUUAGGCCUGCAUCGCCUUUUAAAAAUAUGACUUUGAGUCGUAUCAAAGAAAUCAUGUUAUCCGACCACGACUACCAUAUCAUUCCCAAUACAGCAUCUCAGGAUGUAAAUACUUCGAAAACAGAAGCAGAUAAAACUUCUGAUAAUAGCAAAAAAGUAGGAUUAGAUCACGACUAUUGCAAUAAUGUUCCAAAAUCUAAAACCUCGAGUAAAUCAAAACAAAAAAACAAACAUCGAGAAGACUUAUCAAAAUCAUCGUCAAGCGAUUCUUCUAGUGAUAGUGAUUCUAGCUGUAGUUGUGGGAGUAAUUGUUCUUGCAGUAGCGGAUCUUCCAGUUCUACAUCUUCAAACGAUUCAGAUUCAGAUUCUCGUGAAAAAAGAAAAAAGAACACAAAAGAUAAUAAAGUACCUAUCGAAGUCGAACCAGAACUUCCUGCUGAAGUUGAUAUUUCUGUUCACGAUGCUCCUCUUGAAAAUUUGAUCAAAGAAUCCGAUUUGGAAACUGAGGAAUCAGAAACGGAUGAGGAUUUCUACGAUUACAAUCCGGCAAGAGAAGCAAACAGAAUAUUGGCAGAAAAACGAACUCAGCUUUUGGCAAAUUUAAAUGGAUCCGAUGCCGCUACAUCAUCUCCAUCGAUAACUACGGAAAAACAAGCGGGCUCGAAGAAAAAGGCGAAAUUCAAAAAAAAGCGAUCUCAACCUCGACCGAGUACUGCUGCCAAAGGCAACCGCAAAAAAGUCGGAACAAUAGCGGCAAACAAAAGUCGCACUCCUCAAUUUAUAACUGAAACGAACGGAGGAGGAGACUCAAGUGUUAAUAUUAAUUACGACUCGCUUUCCAAUCAAAUAUCUAGCCGAGUGAAAACCGAAGACACGGUUCACAGUUCGAGUGAAGGCGAUUCAAAGAGACCUAAACGGAAAAGAGUUCCACUUAAAUUUUACGGUUUUUCUAGUGACGAUGAAAAUGAACAAACUCCAACUUCUAGAAAGCGCGAAAAAGGUGAACAUAAUGUCACGACUCCGGCUUUAUCCGUUGGAGUAGUGCCACCCGUGGACGGUUCCAACGAGAGCACUCCCAUUCAGUGGAAUUCUCAUUCGAAAAGUUCUUUAACGUGGAGAGUCGAUAAAUGUGAGACGAGCACGCCAAAAGUUAAUCCUAUUAAAAUAAGAACAUCUCAAACGAAUAGACAAACUCCGGUGGUCGAAAAGGUCUCAGAAAGUGAGCCUUUUCAAAUAAAAAGGUUGGAAAAACAAUUUCAAGUGAAUGGAAAUCCCGCGGCUCAAAAAGGUGAGAAACUUUAUUGCUUUUGCCAGUGUCCUUACGACGAAGUUUCCGAAAUGAUCGCAUGCGAUGCCGAGGAUUGCGUUAUCGAAUGGUUUCAUUUCGAAUGCGUCGGGAUAAUGGUGCCCCCCAAGGGGAGUUGGUACUGUCCCGAUUGCAGGAAAAAGCUGGCAGCAGAAAAUGAAUUUUUAUCGCCUCCGGCUAACGAGCAAAAUGUGAAUUAA